GGCCCCAUGUCUCCUCACUUCCAUCACUCUUUUGUCUAGAAGUUCGAUGCUUUCCAGAAGAUCCCAAUGUGCAUGGGCAAAGGUGUGCCUAGGCUGGUCUGUCGUAGGUCUGACUAGAGACCAGGGACUGGAUGAGGCCAUCUCCCCAGGUAAUUCAGGGUAGCAUCCAAAGAGGCAGGAGCCUUGGACUCAUAGGGAGCGGCCAGGAGCCAUGGAGAAAGGAGAGUCCCCCAAGCAAAAAUACAGGCAGCAUCUCUUAGGGGGCUCUCAGCCUUGUUCAUCUGAGAUAAGUUACCAGCCUGCCCUACUCUACCGCUUGGAAUAUAUUUUUAGGAUCUUUUCAUGAGCAAAACGUUUGUCAACCCUUUUAUAGAUCAGUUACGAAACAGAAACUCUUCCUCACUGCUAGGGAGACGUAUAGAAGGGGGGAAGAAAGAAAAAAAAUCUUGCCUGUAAUUGAAGGCAGGUUGGGAGAUGUUCACGCUUUGAAAUUCUCCUUCUUGUGAAAUGUUUAUGAAACACUUUCCACAAACGAGUUAUGCAACUGGCACUACAGCUUUGAUCAUUUUCAUCACCAGUGAUAUAUUCAUUAAUGUUGAGUUGUUUCCCCCCCAAGAGAGAGCCACGUGAAAUGUCCCGGGGAGGGGGCUAAGGCUAAGUACUCCAGCCCCAUUGCAUGACCCCAAACAGAUGGUUAAUAAGGAGGUCCAAGUGUAGGUCUGGGCCAGAACAUCACCUAUGGUCUGUUCUCUCUCCCAUCCCUGAGAUGUUUGUAGUAUUGUUUUGUAGAUAGAGUGCCUGGGGAGGGUCAGAGGACCAUUGUCUUGUAGCGUUUAGCCAGUGUCUUGUCGUGUAACUUUACACGCAUCUCUGAAGCACUCCUGGUCUUUGUGAGAUGGGAAGAUAAACACUCAUCCCCACACUUCCUGGCUGGGCGGUGAAGCCAAGUAAGGAAUGUAUGAAGGGUUUCCAGUUCCUCAGAAGGGGCUCUCUCUUCCCAGAAUGAGGCUAUUUCUUUCUAAAGCAGGUGAUGUCGGGGAGUUCGCUGGGAUUAGAAAAGAUAAUCACCCACGAUACCUUUCUACCUCCCUGGUCACUGCCCAAGACUCAGUGUAACACCUUUGCACAGCUCAGUGGGUGGAGAAGAUCCUGAACUAACAAGCCAUGUCUAACAUCUGGACAGGAUGACCGAUGGCUGUGACCAGGCAGAGGCCUCUGUGGUGGCCCACAUCCCCAGGGAUUAGUCCAUCCCAAACAGGGCCUGGAGAAAUAUUUCACUUGCGUGAGAAGAAGCUCCAAAGGGACCCUGGAGACAAUCUUCACGGUUCCAGACAGGCUGUGGGUUUGGUUGGGUUUUCACAAGUACGGGGGAAAUUGGGUCUUCAUCCAAUUUGCCUCCGGUUCUCACGUUAGAAGUCAAUGAGAUCCAACAGAAGUCUGUCUCGUUUUCCCAAUCCACGGCCAACACCCAGUUGCCUGGAAAGGCUCCAAACUUUUCCAUUCGACAGCUGUGAAAGGGCUUUUUGGAUUUGGAAGGGACUUGAUUUCUUAUUGUCUUAGCUAGCCCCUGAACUCUCAGAGAAUCGUCGGAGAAGUGUGCCGGGGUCGGGAGGGCAGGCAGAGUUGCCGCUGUAUCUUCUUCUCCUCCUGGUACAGCUCUACUCUUUCUGAGACCCACCGACCAAAGUGGACAUUUUAGAAUUUGUCACAGGAGAAGUGGUCUGCUUUACUGCCUUUCAGAUUGGUUUGUUUAGGAUUGUCUCCUUUGGGGUUUACCGUCAGCAGCUCACACACAAGGGGUAAUGAAUUAUGAAAAAUGAAAGAGUAAGAGGUUAAUAAAGAAAGAACUGAGAAGAGGAACACACAGAGUUGUCAAAACGCCCCAGGCUAACACCCAGAGGGAUUUAUUUUUGCUAUCAGACGCUUCAUUUUCAGAAGUGGGAGGUCGGCAGUGCCCCUAAAAGAGUUUGGAGGGCAAUUGAUCCAGGAAGCGGAUGAAAGAGUGAGUUUUCUUUCAUGAUGGUGCUGGUUUCUGAAAUUAAGUGUUGCAGGAAGACCUGGCACUGAUUCUAACAGAUAGCACCCAGGUUGGAGGCAAAGCACAUGUUUUCAAGCUGUGUCAUAGCUGCACCCCCUUAUCUCCCCGUUGCGCAUAAUGAGUCUAUAAAGGAACCCUGCCACUUGCCUCUGAGCUGGAGCCACGCCAAGCUGCCUGCGGUGGUUCCACCAGUGUGCUUUGAGCUCCAAUUUUCCAUGUUCUCCCUCCGUCCCCCUCCAUCCUGCCUCACCUAUCCCCACUCGGGAUGAGGGACGUCCAGGAGAAGGAGGGGGUUGCAGAAGGGAGAUGUGGGGAAGGGAGGCUUCCCUUAAGUAAAAUCUCCCCUCUGAGCAAAGCUUAAGAUUGGUGGUGGUUUGAAAUAAGUAGUUUACCAUCUAUUUUGAGCUUUUUAAAACCUGCUAACAAAUGUUUCCCCGGAAUCUAGGAUGUGAAAACUCUAAUUUCUGGGGGAAGAACUAGGACAGCAAGCUUCUUAGAUGGAGAUACCAAGUGUGGGUGGGGAGAGCUGAAGGGCACUGGGGGUAGGGAUGGCGGCUGUCCUGGGGAUCACUCCUGGGGGGCAAUGCCUUUGGAGUUUUCCUGAUGUCUAACUCUCUGCCCCCAUUGUGCUACUUCCUGACACUCUCCCUUCCUCUUCUUUGCUUCCAAGACUCCAGAAUAGCCUCCUUAGGUGAGAGAAGAGAGGAGUGAUUUGUAAAGACUGUCCCUAAAAGAAGCAUCCUCUUACCAAUUUGGGCGCAACUAGGACUUCCUAGUGCUGUUUAGAUCUGCUUUAUCUAAGAACACUACAGCAACGUGGACUAGCCAGAUUCUGCCAAAUACACCACGGAAUUGGAAUUUUAUAAUUCCAUUCUAGGACUGAAAGAAAAAUGAUGUAGAAUCAUACAACUGAUGGGGAAACCAAGUCUCAUAGAUAUGAAAUGAUUGCUCAAGGUUUAUCGUCAGUUAGAGUCAGAGUUAGGACUGGAAACAAGUUCUAGCUCCCUGUUUGAUGUCUUUCUCGCUGUAUCCCGCUGAAGGAUGGAGAGGUGGAUUCUGAUUAUGUCUUUUAUUCAGUUAGCAUGCAUUCAGUUCCCACUAUGUACAAGGCACCAUAUUUAGGAUGUGAGCUCCCUCCUCAGUCUCUGUCACUCAACAAGGUCUUCCUAACUCUCCAACCAAAGGGAACUCUUGGUUGAGUAAUCCAGAGCACCAUUCUUCCACAGCGAUUAAACACAAGUAGAGCCGUUAGUCUGAACCUUUACCUUGGGUUAAACUAAUACAGAAAAGGUUCCAGGAUGUCAGUGAUAUUCCCUGUAUAGACCAUGAAAAUGCUUUAAGCCAGGGUCGCUAUGGCCAGGAGGUUCCAUCAGAGGGUCGCCCAAUGCCUUUUAUAAGGUAUGGUCUAGAUCCCAAGCUCCCUGCCAUAUUAUAUGAAUCCAAAGUCACUUGCAUACUCCCUACCCAACGCCCCCAUCCCCACGAUGGACUUCCUGAAACGCUGCAAGAGGGUACAGUAAGCCCCCUACAUACAAAUGAGUUCCAUUCUGAGAGCGUAUUCUUAAGUCCAAUUUGUUCACAAGUCCAACCAAGAGAGCCUAGGUGCCCAACUAACACAAUCGGCUAUAUAGUACUGUACUGUAAUAGGUUUAUAAUACUUUUCACACAAAUAAUACAUAACAAACAAACACAAAAAAUAAAGCAAACAUUUUUAAUCUUACAGUACAGUACCUUGAAAAGUACAGUAGUACAGUACAACCGCUGGCAUACAGGGGCUAGCAUCAAGUGAACAGACAAGAAGAGUUACUGACUGGAGGAGGGAGAGGAGGUGGGAGACGGUAGAGCUGACGGAUCGUCAGCAAUAAGAGACGGAGGACAAGCUGCAAUGUCACUCACACCUGACAGUGAUGGCACAGGUUCUGGUUCCUUGCUGGAACCAGAUGCAUGUUCGCAUCUCUGAAAGUCUGCAACUUGAAGAUUAAAACCGAGGACCUCAGUGACUCCCUGCAGCAGACCCUCUCUCAUCGGCCAUGCCACCUGAGUCAAGGACCUGCCAUGAUACCUGGAAACCAAAUGUCUGGGGUAAAUGGCAGCCCGAGUCGGGAAGCCCUGAUCCUCUCAGAGGGCCAGACAUGGCUUCCCUCCACCCGCUCCAGCAGCUUGUGCUGGUUCCCGGACACCUACAGUCUGUCUCCCAGUUCCUGCUAUCUCAGUCCCAGUCUGGGCAGCAAGGUCUGCAGUCAAAUCUUCUCUCCUUUCCACAGCAGCAAAGCUCUCUCCUCCUCCCACAGACGGGGCUUGGCCUGGCGUCCCAGGCAGUUGGGUGCCCUGGGGUGCCAGGAUCCUCUUUAGAACCGCAUCUGGAAGCAUCCCAGCAUCUCCCAGUCCCCAAGCAUCUCCCCAGCUCUGGAGGAGCCGAUGAGCCCAGUGACCUGGAGGAGCUGGAGAAGUUUGCCAAGACCUUCAAGCAGAGGCGCAUUAAGCUGGGCUUCACACAGGGAGACGUGGGUCUGGCGAUGGGAAAGCUGUAUGGCAACGACUUCAGCCAGACAACCAUCUCCAGAUUUGAGGCUCUAAAUCUGAGCUUCAAGAACAUGUGCAAGCUCAAGCCACUGCUGGAGAAGUGGCUGAAUGAUGCAGAAUCCUCUCCAUCAGACCCCUCCGUGAGCACCCCCAGCUCUUACCCCACCCUCAGUGAAGUGUUCGGGAGGAAGAGGAAGAAGCGGACCAGCAUCGAGACCAGCAUCCGCCUGACUCUGGAGAAGAGAUUUCAAGAUAACCCCAAACCCAGCUCAGAGGAGAUCUCCAUGAUCGCAGAGCAGUUGUCCAUGGAGAAGGAGGUGGUGAGGGUCUGGUUCUGCAACCGCCGUCAAAAGGAGAAGCGAAUCAACUGCCCUGUGGCCACACCCAUCAAAUCACCCACGUACAGUUCCCGGCUGGUGUCUCCCUCUGGGUCUCUGGGGCCCCUCUCUGUCCCUCCUGUCCACAGCAGCAUGCCUGGAACAGUAACGUCAUCCUGCCCCUCUGGGAACAACAGCAGGCCUUCGUCUCCUGGCCCAGGACUCCACGCCAGCAGCCCUACUGCAUCUCAAAAUAACUCCAAAGCGGCUGUGAACUCCUCCACCAGUUUUAACUCUUCAGGAUCUUGGUACCGAUGGAAUCAUCCCACCUACCUGCACUGAGACCAAAAAAGUUUCUCCUAUGCCACCUGGCCCUGUAUUCCCCACUGGAAGGAAGGGAGUCACGCCUUCUCUGUAUGGACAGAUUACUUUCAGGACAGUAGAAGAGAAUCUCCACUAUCAAUGAACCCAAACUCUUGCCUUGUUCAGGAGCAAGGGCCUCUGGAGAUACAAACUGCGACCGAACCGUGUGCUGGCUCCCUAGUGCUCUUGAAACGCACAGCCCGCCUAGGAGUUGACCAUUUUUACCUUCCUUGCCUGUGCCCUUCUCCUCUCAUUCCGAAUAUGUCAGAUGGCUUCACUGCGACAGUGGUCUUUCAGAAAGGACCUCUUGGGCUUCCCUGGUGGCGCAGUGGUUGAGAGUCCGCCUGCUGAUGCAGGGGACACGGGUUCGUGUCCCGGUCCGGGAAGAUCCCACAUGCCGCAGAGAGGCUGGGCCCAUGAGCCAUGGCCGCUGAGCCUGCGCGUCCGGAGCCUGUGCUUCGCGACCGGAGAGGCCACAACAGUGAGAGGCCCGCGUACCGCAAAAAAAAAAAAAAAAAAAGGACCUCUUGUCAUUAUUCUCCAGCUCAUCUCCAGCUCAUUCUGGGCACAGCCAUUUGCCUGGUGCCAAACCACCAGAGGGGUGGGAAGGUUUUGACUGUGAACUUAGCCACAAUCUCCGAACUGAUUCUAGAAUCUAUGAAAAGAUUUGAAUCUGAUGUCUCCACCAAAGCUCUGAUGUCUUCUCUGUUCAGCAAAGCCUUCUGACUGAGUCUUCACGUCACCCUAUUUUCUCUUUAGCCCCGCCCCUUUUCCAGAACCACAUCCAUUCAUGAUUGCGUUCUCCGAAUUCCCUCCUCUUUACAGAACGCUGAGCCACACUCAGCCCCCUGGGCACAUGCUCUGCCCACAGGUGUUCUUCUGUCUGCUCCGUCUGCCCCAGAGUUCAGAAACGCUUGUUCUUUCUCUCCUUUCCUGUAUUUCUCCUUAUCUCGUCCUCUCUCCCUUCUCCUGGUGCAGAAGGAAGAACACAAAAGCACACACGCAACAAUUAUGCUGGUAAAUACCUGUGUAUAGCCCUUUCCUUUUUUUGCAUUAUGUUCUUCUCUCUUUAGUGUGGAAUUUUCCAGCAAAAUAUUUAACUCAGGUGUGAAUUUUGAAAAUCUCUGUAAUAUUUUAUCUUCUUUAACAAAAAAGAAAGAAAAAGAAAGGAAAAACAAUACCAAAGUGUGAAAUACCGUGCUAGCUUCCGCAAGAGUUCCCACGUGGGCUGGGAAUCCUUGUUGAUUUCUGCAGGAACAUUCUUUCUCGAGUCUCCUUCUUUGUGGGCCAGUGUGUAAACAUGUAACAUGAAGCCAUUCCAGAAAUGGUAACUUUUUUUUUUUUUAGAGACGGCAUGUCCAAGAAAAUGAUGACAUUCAAAGGAAUCUCUCUGUUCCUAAAUAAAUUUGUAUGGUGAUGAUAUACAGUAUUCCACUGUUGGCAAGAAGAGGUUUAGAUUAUUCUGGGUCUUUUUUUGUGCAGGACAUGUGAGUGCAUGUAAUAAAACGGGAUGGAGAAAGGGUUUCACAUUGGUGGAUUAAGUCUGUGACUCCCUGAACUGAUGCUAAAGAUGAUAUACAUUAAUACAGGACUCCAAAGAGUUCAGAGUUUCUACUCUUUUUGACAGAAGAGCCUUGAGGACAGAGUAGGUGAGAGAUUGGCUUCCUCAUUUUGUAAGUGGGAGAAUGGAAAAUGUUUAAGGUCAAGUCAUUUGUAGACUUUAAGAGGUGAAGACUGAGGCUAAUAGUUCAUAUCUCAGGAUGUCCUGAAGGUCAAUUAUUCAUUAUUUGCAAUGGAAAGUGAUAGAUAUUUGAGACAAAGGAUAAUUCAAAAGUCAAAUCUAUUUGGCUUUGGAAUGCACUGUGACUUUUGAUGAGAGGGUUGAGGGGCAAGGAGGCUAUCCCUGUGGUUUUUCUUGGGUUAAUAAAAAGUUAAAGAGUUACCAUUUUUGAGGCAAACAUUGACCUGUGGUGGGAAAGGGAGGCCCUUCAAAAAUGUAAUGACUGAAGGGAAGAAACUAAAAUUGGCAUUAAACAUUUGUUGCAAAUACUAAUAUCCAAGGGAGAAAUCCAUACCUAAAUAACCAUAAGUUAAGUGCUUUUCAUGUUUGGAUGGGGCUUAUACUAAGACUCGUAUUUCAUGUCAUGAAGUGGAAGAAAGCCUGUUGGGAGCGGUUACUUUGUCAAGAAAAGAUCCAGUUGAAAGAGGCUCGGUAUGUGUCAAAGAGACAAGAGGAGCCUGCAGCAAUAAUUAAAGUAUGUAAAGAAAUUACUCUGCCACCCAUGAGCCCAGCUGUGCAUAUCUGUGCACACACACACACACACACACGUAUGUAUGCACUGUUCCUUGCAUAUUCCUGGGUGCCGGAGCUGAUGCUUUCCUGCAGCAGUCUUGGCCACCUUGACAUCUUGCUCAGGUGAGUGCUGAAAGCUGAUGUCCUGCACUGUCCAUGAGGCUGGUUUUCACUCAUUUGACCCUUUAAAAAAUACUUUAUUUUUUAAGAGCAGUGUUCGGUUUACAACAAAAUUAAGAGGAAGCUGUGGAGAUUUCCCAUAGACCUCCUGCCCAAACACGUUCGUAGCCUUCCCCAUUAUCAACAUCACUCACGAGAAAGUAAAAUUUUUUUACCAAGAAUGAACCUACACUGACACAUCACAAUCACCUAAAGUCCAUAGUUUACCUUAGAGCUCACUCUUGGUGUUGUACAUUCUACAGCUUUGGACAAUAGUAUAAUGAUGUAGAUCUAUCAUUAUAAUAUCAUACAGAGUAUUUUCACUGCCCUAACAAUCCUCUGUGCUCUACCUAUUCAUCUCUCUCCUUGCUACGCCCUUACAACCACGGAUCUUUUUUUUUUUUUUUUUUUUUUUUUUGCGGUACGCGGGCCUCUCACUGCCGUGGCCUCUCCCGUUGCAGAGCACAGGCUCCAGAUGCGCAGGCGCAGCGGCCAUGGCUCACGGGCCUAGCCGCUCAGCGGCAUGUGGGAUCUUCCUGGACCGGGAUACGAACCUGUGUCCGCUGCAUCGGCAGGCGGACUCGCAACCACUGCGCCACCAGGGAAGCCCUGAUCUUUUUUACUGUCUCCAUAGUUUUGCCUUUCCCAGAAUGUCACAUGGUUGGAAUCAUAGUAUACAGGCUUUCCAGGUUGGCUUAUGUAGUAAUAUGCCUUCAAGUUUCUUUCAUGUCUUUUCAUGAGCUUGCUAGCUCACUUCUUUUUAAUGCUGAAUAAUAUUCUCUUGUCUGGAUGUACCACAGUUUAUUUAUUCAUUUACCUACUGAAGGACAUCUGGGUUACUUCCAAAUUUUGGCAAUUAUGAAUAAAGCUGCUAUGAAUAUCUGCAUGCACAUUUUUGUGUGGACAUAAAUUUUCAGUUCCUUUGGGUAAAUACCAAGGAGCGUGAUUGUCGGAUCGUGUGGUAAGAGUAUAUUUAGUUUUGUAAGAAACCACCAAACUGUCUUCCAAAGUGGCUGUACCACUUUGCAUUCCCACCGGUAACAUUACCAGAGUUCCUGUUGCUCUACAUCCUUACCAGCCUUUGUUGUCAGUGUUCAGGAUUUUGGUCAUUCUAAUAGGUGUAUAAUGGUAUCUCAUUGUUUGUUUUAAUUUGCAUUUCCCUGAUGACAUGAUGUGGAGCAACUUUUCACAUGCUUAUUUACCAUUUGUGUAUCUUCUUUGUGAGGUGUCUAUUAAGAUUUUUGGCCCAUUUUUUAAUCAAGUUGUUUGUUUUUUUUUUACUGUUGAGUUUUAACAGUUCUUUGUAUAUUUUGGGUAACAGUCCGUUAUCAGAUUGUCUUUUGCAAAUAUUUUCUCCCUGUCUGUGACUUUUCAUUCUCUUGAUAUUGUCUUUCACAGAAGUCUUUAAUUUUAAUGAAGUCCAGCUUGCUAAUUAUUUCUUUCAUGGGUUGUCUUUGGUGUUGUAUCUAAAAAGGCAUCACCACACCCAGCAUCAUGUAUGUUUCCUCCUUUGUUAUCUUUAGGAGUUUUAUAGUUUUGUGUUUUACAUUUAGGUCUGUGAUCCGUUUUGAGUUAACUUUUGUGAUGGUGUAAAGACUGAGUCAAGGUUCAUUCUUUCACGUGUGGAUGUCCAGUUGUUCCAGCUCCAUCUGUUGAAGACACUACCUUUGUCCCAUUGUGUUGCCUUUGCUCCUUUGUCAAAGAUCAGUUGACUGUAUUUACGGGGGUCUAUUUGACCAUGGUUUUCAUGAAAGAAAUAAACAGAAUUACAGUCUAA